AUGUCCUGCUCCAGCCUGUGUGCUCCUGCCUGCGGUGUGGCCGCCCCGGCCCCACUGGCUAACAGCUGCAAUGAGCCCUGCGUGCGCCAGUGCCCCGACUCCACCGUGGUGAUCCAACCCCCAGCCACCGUGGCCACCUUCCCCGGGCCCAUCCUCAGCUCCUUCCCACAGAACGCUGUGGUUGGCUCAGCAGGAGUCCCUGCCAUUGGAUCGGGCUUGGGUGGCAGCUUUGGACGUAGUGCUGGCUUUGGGGGCUAUGGAGGCUCUUACGGCCUUGGAGCCUUUGGAGGCUAUGGAGGCUUUGGCAGCUGUGGAUACGGUGGCUUUCGCCGUGGUCUUGGAUACCUCAGCGGCAGCUGCGGGCCCUGCUAA